UUGUGUUGUGUUAUGUCAGUUGUGAUCGUAGCCAAGGAAAUAAUGUUGUGUUGUGCUGUUGGGAAUAUAAUUUCGUAUUUUUAUUUGAACUAAAUAUGGUUUUUCGAUUAAUUUCGUUGUAAGUUUCAAUAUCUAGUGUACAACGGUAACAACAACGGCCAGUGUAAAAUGUUUAAAUGUGAUAUUUUGAGUGUUUGGUGCCUGUUUCUUGUGUAUUUCUUAUUUUUAAUAGCCCUGACAAAGGACACCGUUAAUGCUCAAGAAUUAAAAAAUCCAGCAUCAGAGUUCAGACGGUAUAGACUGGUGAGACCUGCAGUGCAUCAUGGACGGUCCAAAAGAGAGAUUACAACUACAAGAGAUGAUUCAGGAGUACACCAUCCCGAGGUGACGGUUAAGUUGGAUGUUGACGGCGAGGAGCACUUGCUGGACUUGAGACUGAACGAGGAUCUGGUCACUGACAACCAUGUGUUCAGUUACCAGAAGAAUGGAGAGACCGUUUUACAUAAGCCUAAGAAAGAGGAGUUGGAUCUAUGUCAGUAUUCUGGCAAAGUCCGAGGGAAGGAUAACUCGUGGGUGGCGGUUUCCACCUGCCGUGGAGUGCGGGGGAUUGUGUACGAUGGUACAGAAAUGCGGUAUAUUGAACCAGCUGAAGGUGGUGAGUUCAAUUCUCGGCAUUACAUUUACGACCACUCGGAUUUGCAAGCGAUCCAUCGCUGCGGAUACGACGGAGGUGUGACCAACAACACGGAGUACGACCCGCAACUGAUGGACAAGCAUAAUAAAAAACGCAGCAUCGAACAGAGUCGAAUCAAUAGGUAUAAACGUGAGAGUUACGAUGACACGGAGGUACGAGGUCCUUUCAACGCUAACAAGCAAUCCAGAUACGUAGAGUUAGUGCUGGUCGCUGAUAACAGAGAGUACAAAGCUAAUGGAGAAAAUAUGCAGACCGUACACAGACAGUUGAAGGAUGUCGCUAACAUAAUUAAUUCUGUGUAUGCCCCAUUAAACAUCUUCAUAGCGCUUGUAGGCGUAGUGGUGUGGAAUGAAAGAGACGAAAUACAAUUAGAAGAGAACGGAGAUAGGACUUUGACUAAUUUUCUUGUAUACAGGAGGAUGAGACUCUUAUCACAAAUACCUAAUGAUAAUGCACACUUAUUGACUCGUCAAAAAUUCCAAGAGGGUGUUGUAGGGAAGGCCCUAAAAGGUCCAAUAUGUACAUUCGAGUUCUCUGGCGGUGUGGCGACCAAUCACUCAGAAGUUAUAGGGUUGGUCGCCACUACGAUAGCCCACGAGAUGGGGCAUAACUUCGGCAUGGAACACGACACGGAAGAGGACUGCGAGUGUCCCGACGAGAAGUGUAUAAUGAGUCCUUCUAGUACUUCAGUGAUGCCGAUACACUGGUCUUCUUGCAGUUUGAGGUCUUUAGCGCUGUCUUUUGAACGUGGAAUGGAUUAUUGUCUAAGAAAUAAACCUCGCCGUUUAUUCGAGUCACCGACUUGUGGCAACGGUUUCGUGGAGGUCGGCGAGCAGUGCGACUGCGGCAUCGGCCAGGAGCGGUCGCGUGCCGCCUGCCUCGCCUGCUGCGACCCCGCCACCUGCAUGCUGCGCGGCAACGCCAGCUGCGCCGCCGGGGAGUGCUGCGAUCUCAAGACGUGUCGUCCUAUGUCAGCGGGCACAGUGUGCCGGUCAGCGGACCGCGAGUGCGACCUGCCUGAGUACUGCAGCGGCCACUCUGAGUACUGCCCCAGGGAUGUGCACCGCAUGGACACCACGCCCUGCGGCAACGGACAGGCGUACUGCGUGCGCGGCGCGUGCCGCUCGCACUCGGACCAGUGCCGGCUGCUGUGGGGCUCCACGGGGGAGAGCUCCGACACGCGCUGCUACACCUCCACCAACGUCAAGGGCACCAAGAACGGCAACUGCGGCUACGACCGCAUCCGGCAGAUCUUCCGGCCGUGCCCGAGGGAGGACGCGCGCUGCGGCCUGCUGCAGUGCAGGCACCUCAACGAGCGCCUGGAGUUCGGCAUGGAGUCGGUGGCGCAGCUCUCCGCCUUGUUCAUCAACAAUAAUGGCACUAUAAUCCCGUGCCGCACCGCUAUAAUAGACCUCGGUCUGAGCGACGUGGACCCCGGCAUGGUGCCUGACGGAGCCAAAUGUGGAGAGGAUAUGAUGUGUUUGAAUCAGAAAUGUGUAAAUAUAGAAGUGGUGCGAGCGGCGAUAGCUAAGAAAGAGACAGCUGUCUGUCCCACCAAUUGUUCUGGACAUGGAGUUUGUAAUUCUGAAGGUCACUGUCACUGCGAGGCGGGGUUCGCGCCGCCGCUGUGCGCGCUGCCCGGCCCCGGCGGCUCCUACGACUCCGGGCCUGCCACUGAUUCUACCAUCCAAAGGAACUUCAUGUUGGCGAUGUACGUCAUAUUCCUCGGGCUGAUGCCUUCGGUGUUCCUGAUGAUGUUACUGUACUACUACCUGCGGCACAGAUGGGACAACCCGCACAAAACGUACGUAACCAACAUAUUCAAGAGAAACACGAAAGACACGAAAACAUACAAACAAAACAGAUUCCACAGAUUCCAUACAAGCACAAGUUCCGUACUAAAACUUCUGAGUUUCAAACGCGAGGAAAAAACAAAAAAUAUACCAGAAAAUAAUAGCAACACUGAAGAACAUAUUUACGAAACAUUAGAUAAUAACGAAGUAAAUUUUGCAAAAACUAAACAUUGCUUUUAUAAAGUUUUCAAUUUUAAUAAAAAUACAAAUGCAUCGACAAAUCAAUUAAUUAAAGGUAUUAAUAAAAUUGAAGUUAAAGAUAAAGUAAAUCCUCAAACUUCUAAUAUAGAUAAAAAAAUAGUUAUAAUUAACACUGGACUCACUUCGACUACUAAUGAAAAGAUAGGCAAAGAGCAUAUAAAAACAACAAUACCAAUUAAAAAUAAAACUAAAUCAAAUGCUUUGGAUAUAAAUAGAAGUGAUACUAAGAAAGUUCAAACAAAUAUCGGUAACGGUACAAAAACUGUUAACCCUGUUAAAGAUUUAAAAUCAGUGAUCGUUAACACUGGAUUAGCUUCAACUACGAACGAAAUGAUUAAAAAUAAAAUAAAAGGUACAAAUCGCAUGUAUGAAAUAAAAAAUAACGGCUUAUAUGAUGAAGUUUUAGGACAGAAAGUGCAAGAAUUUAAAAAGAUAUAUACAAGGUCCGGUUUACAUUAUCCCAAUCCAGUUAUCGAAAUAAAGACUGGAAUAAGUCUGAGUUCCUGGUUGGAUUUUUAUAUGCCCGUCUAUGUCAGCUACCCUCCAGUGAAAGUCUUAGUGCAAUCGCCAAAGACCAGUUUGCAACGACGUUUGUCGCGUGGUGCGAGUAAAUUUGCCGCGAACUUUCAAAAUGGCGGCCAGAACAACUCUCAGCCUGUCAACGUCCAUACCCUGUCCAGCCCUGACGACAUGAGCUCCAGUCUACUGCGUGCAGACCCAGAGCUCAGCCCCAACGGAAACCUUAACCCUACAGUCAACUUCUUUGGCAACUUCAAAGGCUUCUCCCUCACGCCCAUAGACAAAAACCAACCGCAAACCGACAAGAACGAACCACCACCCGUCAAGGAAAAAACCAAAACAGAGACCGUCCCAAAGAGCGCCAAAAUCACACCUGUUCACAGAAGCGGUAGCAACACACACCCCGCACACCCCGCGCACACCGACACCUCCAUCUAUCAAAACCCUAAAGCGAUCGAACCUAAAUCCGUCGACUACGUGGAUUGUAUAGAAGAUAAAUUAGCACCACUAGCUCACAUCGACGAGGAGUCCGGCGACAACAUCUAUGCUAUCAUAGAGGAAAGUCCGGAAAAACAGUCCAAACCCUUACCUGGAGUACCUCCUCCUAUAAAAACUAUCCCCCAACCGCCCCCCGUAGGUUACAAUACUCCUAAACCUAUCACUUCCACUUCUGGAAGUACGGAAAGCGUCGGGCUUCUAGGAGAAAUUGUCAACGAGAUUCAAAAUCGUAACUUCGACUCCAUAUAUUCCGCCUCGACUUUGUCGAGAAAGAAAGAGAAGGAGAGAAAAGCAAAGAACGCCGAGAAUAAAAGAGACAGCACGUAUAUGAAUACCGACCAUUAUAAAACGCCGGAGAGUGUUUACAGCAAUUCCGGUGCUAAGUCCAGCUCGGCGUCCACGACCAGUAGCGGGUACCUUCAUCCGUCAGCAGUUAAUGUUCCUACUUACAUGAAAGAAAAGGAAAACAACAACGAAACGAAGGAGACGGAGAGAGCGCCCCCGUCUCCCACUUUAAAGGCGAACUCAAAAAUACCUACAUUCUCGAGACAAGUCACACCUCCCGGUCUGAAAAACACUAGCACAUUUAAAAACGUACCUCAAUCGCCGAAAAAUACAAUCAAAAACGCAAAUAUAGCUCCCAAAAUUAUAUCCAACAGUCCAGAUUUAGUAUCGAGUUGCGCAAUUGAUACAAAAAAUAUUAAAGCGCCUGAUGUUAUAAAUAACAACAAAACAAUCGAACCGCCUAAAGUAGCUACAAAACCUAUAGUUCCAAUUAAAACUGCUGAUAACCGACCACCUGUAAAACCAGCGCCGACAAUAGACAAAAAGACGACAAACAAAACAGCACCAACAACAACAAAAACAAAUCCAUCCACAAAUAUUAAAAUAACAGAAAAACCUAAUAUAAACCGCGUACAGUCUAAAGUAGACUCUAACGUCAAAACUAUAGCAGACCAUUUGAAUAAAAAUAAACCUAAAGUAGUACCAAAACCUAGUACAAUUAAUGUUCAAAGAACCGAUUCUAACCUUAAAAAUAAUGCAACAAAAUUGUCUUCGAAACCGUCUAACGUAGCGAGCUUACAGCAGAAAUUUGAAAAUAGAAAGUCGUUGGGGAAAGAAAUUAAUGUUUCCAAAAAGUAAACGAACUUUCGGUAUGAACACGUACCAAGACAUUUAAAAUUAAGAGACUGAUAAUUCCAUAAUAAACGUAAACUAAGGUAAUAAAC